AUGUCUUUCUCCGUGUCGACACUCAUGGUCCCCGCCAUUGCUCUUGUCUUGAUUCUGCGUGUCCUCCUUCGCGCGGUCUUCUCGCCACUUCGCAGUGUUCCAGGGCCUUUCUUAGCGCGCUUUACAGAUGCAUGGUACUUCUGGAACGUCCAUAAAGGAUCAUUCGAAGAGAUAAAUGCCAAGCUACACAAUAAAUACGGACCUGUCGUUCGAUACGGCCCAAACCGAUACAGUAUCAAUGACCCAGAAGCCGCAAAAAUAAUCUACGGCCUCGGCAACCACUUCCCCAAGUCAUCGUGGUACUCAACAUGGGCUAGCCCUGGACAAUGGGCCAUCUUUAGUGAUCAGUCGAUCAAGCGUCAUACACAGAAUCGGAAGAUGUACCAGGCGACUUACGCCAUGUCUUCUCUGGUGCACUACGAGCCCUUUGUCGACGAAUGUGCAGAUCUCUUUGCCCAGCGUCUCUCCGAGCUCUCUACGUCCGGGACUAGCUUAUACGUGGACAUCAGGCAUUGGUUUCAAUGUUAUGCUUUUGAUGUUAUUGGCUUGAUCACUUAUGCAAAGCGGCUUGGUUUCUUGGAUCGCGGUGAAGACAUCCGCGGAGUAAUCCGUGCCUUGGAAGAUCAUCUGGGCUACGCCACACUCUGCGGGAUAUUCCCUGGCCUGCACCAGUACCUGUUCCCCAUCAGGAACUACCUCGCGGGUGCUAAAGGCACGGGAAGAGCUUAUGUGUUGAGCUUCACCAAUGAGCGAAUCCGAGAAUCUCAAACGUCGCCCAAGCCUGUUGCGACAGAGAGUGAAGUCGUCACACAGGACUUUCUUACCAAGUUCUUGGCCAAGAACACAGCCGAUCCAGAUGCCUUCACGCAGUACCAUGUUCUUAUGGGAUGUACUUCAAAUAUGGUUGCAGGCUCUGAUACCACAGCUAUCAGCCUGUCUGCUGUCCUCUACUACCUACUCAAGAACCCAGCCUGUUUGGAAAAGCUGAGAAAAGAGAUAGAUCAGAUGGAAUCUAGGGGAGAUCUAUCAAAAUCGCCUACCUUCAAAGAAAGCCAGCAGAUGGUUUAUCUUCAAGCUGUUAUCAAGGAAGCGCUCCGCAUGCAUCCGGCUACCGGUCUGCCGCUCGAGCGAGUUGUGCCAGAAGGCGGUGCAACCAUGACCGGUCGAUUCUUCCCUGAAAAUACUAUUGUAGGCGUCAACUGCUGGGUAGCACAUAGGAACACCCACGUCUUUGGAGAAGAUGCUGCUGUUUUUAAUCCCGAAAGAUGGCUUACGCAGGAUUCAGCGAAGCUUUCUGCAAUGAACCGCUAUUACAUGCCGGCAAGCUCACGAAGUUGCAUCGGCCGACAUGUAUCGCUACUCGAGAUGGACAAACUCAUUCCUCGUAUUAUUCGCGACUUCGAAUUUGAGCUGGACACAUCACUACAACAUGGCAACUGGAGCACUUGGAACUACUGGUUUGUCAAGCCACUCGACUUCAAGGUUCGUGUUGGUAUUCGUGAGUCGAAACGUCAAGCUUGA